AUGAAUUUCGGCAUCAUCACCAUCCUCCACAUUGUGGCCAUCGUCUUGUCUAUCAUCGAGCUCGGCCUGACCGCCUAUGGCGUAAGCUUGUGGGCCUCGCCAUGGGGCAACUGGUCGCCCGAUCGCCUGAACUUUAUGCUCUUCAACUCCAUCUGGUCGCUGCUCGUGCUGGCCUACCUGGGCCUGACCCCGCUCUUCAUGCCCCGCCUCUUCCACCGCAUGGUGGCCCUGGGCGCCCUUGCCGUGACCGUCAUCUUCUGGUUCGCCGGCUCCAUCGCCCUCGCCGUCUGGCUCGGCCCCCGCUACGGUUGUAGCGCCACCGCCGCCUGCGGCGCCAUCCAGGCCGCCAUCGCCUUUGGCUUCUUCCUCUGGGCCAUAUUCACUGCUCUCCUCGUCAUGGAGGUGCUCGAAUUCUCCCGCUCCCGCAGCGGCGUCACCGCCGACCAGCACUCACCCCACACCAAGACCCAGCCCUACACCGGUGCUUGA